CUGCAGCGUAUACAAAAGCGGUACGGCAACGCUGGCAUAGCCCAAAAAUUUUGUAGUCCAAUUUUGUGUGUUUUUCUGCGUAAUUCUGUAAUAUGGCUAAUUCGUGGCUCGCUGCACAAUAUUAAACGCGAUCGCUGGCUGUGUGUGUGCACGAAACGAAGACGAAGACGAAGAGGAUAGCAACAGUUGGAGCAGUGUGCAAUUUGGCUGGCCGUAGCGCACACACACACACAAGCAGGCGAGCGAGGCCAACUCCUCCACCCCCCCUCGCCCAUCGACAAACCAAGCGCCUGCCUGAACAAUAAUAAUAAUAAUAGUGAUACUUAAAGUGGAGCCAACGAUGUCGGAGCGCAAGCGUUAUCACAAGGAUAAUGCGCCCACCGACGACAUUAUAACGCUGAUCAAUCUGGUGCGCCAGAAUCCAGCGCUCUACAACUACAAAUUGCAGCCAAAUCAGCGACGACGUCCGGACAUCUUAAGCGGCUGGAUGAAGGUGUCCCAGCAAAUGGGCAAUAAGUACAGCGUGCAGGAAGUGCGACGCAAAUGGAAAAAUCUGAGGGACACUUAUCAUCAAUAUCGUCGCCGGUCCCCGAAAUGCAUUGAGGGACGAUUGUCAAAGUGGCGCUAUGCCAAGCCACUUGAUUUCCUCUCCAAGGUGUAUCAACCGAAGUUGAAAGCUCAGCGCAAUGCGCUCGCUGCAAUGUUGCAGAUCAAAAAGCAGCCCGAUGAUGAGGACGAAGACGAGGAUGGGGAUGUGGGGGAUGUGGAUGAUUUGGAGCACGAUGUGAUCGAUGAGGAUGGCAGCGGUGCUUUGGCCAGCCAUCAUCAUCACCAUCAUCAUCAUGGACACAGCUCGCAGAUCACUUUGGUGGGCGGCGAUGAGGCGGAAACCUUUAUACUGACUGCCUAUGAGGAGAGUGUGGCCGAUGACAGCAAUACGCAUCCGACGCAUCAUCAUGGCCAUCAUCAUCAUCAUCACCAGCAGCAGCAUCAGCAGCAUCAUCACCAUCACAUUCCCGACAGCCAUCAGCAGCAUGUGCAUCACCUGCAACACCAGCAACAACAACAGCAGCAACAACAACAACAGCAACAACGUCAUCACGAUGGCAGCAUCUCGAGCAUUGAAUUGUCACAGAUAACGCAAGAUGAGGACGACGAUGACGUUGAUGGCGAAGUGGAGGACGAUGACGAUGUUGUGGACGAUGAGCUGGAUGAGGAUGAAGUGCAGCAACACGAUGGUACCCAAGUGGUGGACAUUGUGAAGCACGAACUGGACGAAGAUGCCGCCACAGGAGCCGAAGUUGACUACGAGGAAGUGUGUUUGUAUGAGGAGGCGAGUGGAGCGCAUUGUGGCGAUGAUGUGGCCGAUAGCAAGGGCUUCCAUUACAUCGAUGAGUUCAUCGAGGACAUUGAGCCGGAGACGCACGAGACCCAAAAGGAGAUCACGUGCCACAUUCUGCGUGCUCAUCACUUUGCCAGCACAACUGGAGGUGGAAGUGGAACUGGAAGUGGGAGCGGGAACAGUGGAGGAGGAGGAACAACAGUAACAGCGACGGCCACAAAUAGCGUGCUUGCUGGCGGAGUGAUUACGGCGGACACGAAGCUCAAGAAUCUCACGCUGGUGACCACAACGAAUGCAGCAACCACGACAUCAUCAUCAUCGACAAAAGAAUCGCAGCAAAUUGCGCUUGUCGAUGUCACCGAGGCAACGAGCACCAGCGUCACAAUUUCCCAACCCGCCGCCUGUCAACUGAAUGCCACAACAGCGGCGGCGACAGCAACUCCUUCGGCUGCUGCUGCUGCUGCUGUUGUCAGCACGACGUUGCAACCAACAGCAGCAACCACUUUGUGCAAUAGUUCAGCGGGUCACUUCAGCAGCCCGACGACGACGAUACUCCAACUGCCAACGUUGAGUUGUGGAGGCACUUCCAUCAGCGUUGCCUCCAGCAGCACGCUCAUCAAAGAAGACGAACUCCAGCAGCAGCAACAGGUGCAACAACAACAACAGCAGCAUCAUCAACAGCAACAACAGCAGCAACAUCAACAGCAGCAACAACAACAACAUCAGCAACAGCAACUCAAGCGAGAUGAGCUCGAUUUGUUCUUCGAUUUCCUCAAGAAGAAGAUGCAAUACUUUAGCAAAACGCAAAUCACGCACAUCCAAAUGGAGUUCCUCAACUGCGUCAGUCGGCAGGAAGUCGCCGCCGAUCUGGAAGCCAAGGAUUAAACGGAGGAGAGCGCGCGUUUUUUCAUCAGAUUUAAAUUACUUACCUUUUUUUUAAUAUAAUUAUUUAGAAUUGUAAAUCGGUCAUUUUUAAGUUUUAACGCUUUUCCUCUCCUUGUCCCUGUUCCCC